UCGUGUGCCAGAGAGGAGGUGGGAGGAGGGACGCCGCUGGGAGCCUCCCCAAGCUCUUUUGGCCGCUGUUCCCAGGGGCCUUGGCCUGGGGAGGAUGGUGCACACAUGGGUGGCUGCUUCUGCAUCCCUGGGGAGCGGAGUCUGUCCCGGGGCCCAGGUAAAGAAGGUUCUUUCAAGGGUGCCACCGCAUCCAGUGAGUGUAUAUCCUCUUCUGAGUCUCGGGGAAAAUGUUUCCUGCCACAGAACAUGACACCAGAUCUGACGCUGUCUUUCUGCGUGAAGAGCCGCUCCCGGAGGUGCGUCAACGCAGCCCUGCAAGAAGCUGCGCGCAAGCGGCUCUGGGCGCUGGAGAACGAGGACCAGGGCGCACGCGCGCUGUUCAAGGAUCUCUCUGCAAGGCUGGUGAAUAUCCAGUCCCAAAGGGCCCAGUUCCUGAUCACCUUCAAGACCAUGGAGGAAAUCUGGAAGUUCUCCACCUACUUGGACUUAGGCUAUGUGUCCACAUGUCUGGAGUACCUCCUCUUUGACCACAAGUAUUGGCUUAACUGCAGAUUGGUGGAGGACACAGAGAUCCAAGUGUCUGUAGAUGACAAACAUCUGGAAGCCAUGUAUCUGAGUCUCCUAAUACAGGAAGGUCACUUCUUCUGCAGAGCCACGUGCUCCGUGGCUCAGCCAGCCGAGAAGGAAGGGGAGUGUUUGGGACUUUGCAAGAACGAGUUAAUCUCCGUGAACGUCUCCGAAGGGGAAUCUGAGUGGGAAGGCGUGUCUUUAGUGACUGGCCAGCGGGGUUUGGUUCCGGUGGCAGCCCUGGAGCCCCUGCCCGUCCCUUUCCAUCAAUGGUUCCUAAAGAAUUAUCCAGGAAGCUGUGGCCUUUCCAGGAAGAGGGAUUGGACAGGCUCUUAUCAGAUCGGCAGAGGAAGAUGUAAGACUUGCAGGGAUUAUGAGCGGGAAGAAAAGGAUGAACUGAGUUUCCACCAGGGAGAAAGCAUCGAGAUCAUUGGUUUCGUGAUACCCGGACUUCAGUGGUUCAUUGGGAAGUCAGUGAGCUCAGGAGCAGUGGGCUUUGUCCCCACCAGGAACAUCGAUCCUGAUUCCUACUCCCCACUGAGCAGAAACUCCGCCUUUUUCAGUGAUGAGGAGAGAUGCUCUCUGUGGGCCCUGGGAAGCGACAGAAAAGCUGAGUGUGCCAGCUUCCUCCGCACACUGGCUCAAACCGACAUCACGUCUGUCUACCGUCUCAGUGGCUUUGAAUCCAUCCAGAAUCUUCCCAGUGACCUGAGUGCAACCCAGCCUGAAGGCUUCAGUGAGGCAAGGCCUGGCACAGCCAGGGAGGAACAUCAGGCUGUGGGCUCCAGAUGGUCCAGCAGCUCUGAGGACUCCAGCCUGGAGGAGGAACUCCUUUCAGUGGCUUCAGACAGCUAUCACCUGCCAGAACCUGAUGACCUUGAUGACCCGGAACUGUUCAUGGACCUACACACUAGUCAGGAUGAGGAGGAAGCUGAGAAUUUUGCCCCCAUAUUGGCUUUUCUGGAUCAUGAGGGUUACAUGGACCAUUUCAAGAGCCUGUAUGAUUUCUCCUUCUCUUUCCUCACUUCUUCCUUUUACUGCUUCUCUGAGGAGGAUGAGCUUAUGGCCUACCUGGAGACCUCAAGGAAGUGGGCUAAGAGGAGUCACAUGACCUGGGCCCAUGCACGGCUCUGCUUCCUCCUGGGUCGGUUGAGUGUCAGAAAAGUGAAGCUCUCCCAGGCCAGGGUGUACUUUGAGGAAGCCAUCCACAUUCUCCAGGGGGCGUUUGAGGACCUACCCCUGGUUGCUGCUUUGUAUAUCAAUUUGGCUGCCAUCUACCUGAGGCAGAGGCUGAGGCACAAAGGGCCAGCCCUGCUGGAAAAGGCGGGUGCCCUGCUCGCCUGCCUGCCUGACCGAGAGUCCAGUGCCAAGAAUGAACUUGAUGUGGUGGCCUACGUGCUGCGCCAAGGGAUUAUGGUGGGUAGCAGCCCGCUGGAGGCCAGGGCCUGCUUUCUGGCUGUCCGAUUGCUCCUGAUCCUAGGCCGGCAUGAGGAGGUUCUGCCCUUUGCUGAGCGCCUGCAACUACUCUCUGGACACCCUCUUGCCUCCGAUGCUACAGCCACCAUCUUGAGUUUCUUGUAUGAUAAGAAAUACCUUCCAUACCCUGCAGUGGCCUCGGUCCAGCACCAUGGUACUCAGAAUGCCCAUGGGAUGCCUCUUCCUGUUUGGCAGGUCUCCCUGGUCCUCCAGAACACCACCAAGCUCCUUAGCAUCCCCUCCUCAAGCUGGGGUGAAGUUUCUGCACUGGCUUGCCCGACUCUUAGCCAGGCAUUGGCUGCCUGUGAGGAACAGACGGACUGGAGCACUCAGAGGGCCCUGUGUCUCAUCCUGUCCAAAAUGUACCUCCAAUACAGGUCUCCUGAUGGUGCCAUCUACUACCUGAGCCAGGCCCUGGUCCUAGGGCAGCUACUGGGUGAGCAGGAAGCUUUUGAGUCUUCCCUCUGUCUAGCAUGGGCCUAUCUCUUAGCAAGCCAGGCAAAGAAGGCUUUGGAGAUUCUAGAGCCACUGCUAUGCUCCCUGAAGGAGACAGAGAGUGUCACCCAGAGGGGAGUGGUCCAUAACCUCCUGGGACUUGCUCUUCAAGAUGAAGACAGGGUGAGCAGGGCAGCCUGGAACUAUCUCCAGGCCUUGAAAAGAGCUCAGGAGACAGGAAAUGUGCAUAACCAGGCGGUGACUAUGGCCAAUCUUGGCCACCUGACCCUUAAGGCUCAGCAGUCAGCCAAGGACUAUCUCCUGCAAGCAAUUCGACUCUAUUUUGAACUCCAGACCGGCAAGGACACAGAUAUGGAGUUGGUACAGGUGCUCCUGUGGCUGGGCCAAGUUCUUGUGUCUGGACACCAGCUGACCCAGGGCCAGCUUUGUUAUGAAAUGGCACUGCUGUUUGGCUUAAGGCAUCGACACUUAAAGAGUCAGCUUCAGGUCACCAAAUCACUCUGCCAUUUCUAUAGCUCCGUGUCCCCAAAUCCUGAGGCGUGCAUCACUUACCAUGAACACUGGCUGGCCUUGGCCCAACAACUCAGGGACCGGGAGAUGGAGGGGAGCCUGCUGGAGUCCCUUGGGCAGCUCUACCGGAACCUCAACACAGCCAGGUCCCUCAGGAGGUCUCUCACCUGCAUCAAGGAGAGCCUGCGCAUAUUCAUUGACCUGGGAGAGAGGGACAAGGCUGCGGAGGCCUGGCUUGCGGCAGGAAGGCUCCACUACCUCCUGCAGGAAGACGAGCUGGUGGAGCUCUACUUCCAGCUGUCUCUGUCUACCCAGGCAGCCAUCCAGGCAGCCUUGAAGUUAGAGGAGCCCUCCUUGGCUCUCAAACUCUACGAAGAAGCAGGUGAUGUGUUCUUCAACGGGACCCGCCACAGGCAUCGCGCGGUGGAGUAUUACCGGGCUGGGGCUGUUCCUUUAGCAAGGAGGAUGAAGGCACUCAGAACCGAGCUUCGGAUUUUCAGCAAGCUGACAGAGCUGCAGAUCAGCCUCGAGGGCUAUGAGAAGGCUCUGGAGUUUGCCACGCUUGCUGCCCGGCUGAGCACCAUCACAGGAGAUCAGAGGCAGAAGCUGGUGGCCUUUCACCGCCUGGCUACAGUGUACUACUCACUGCAUAUGUACGAGAUGGCUGAGGACUGCUACCUGAAGGCUCUUUCCCUUUGCCCACCAUGGCUGCAGAGUCCCAAGGAGGCGUUGUACUAUGCGAAGGUGUAUUAUCGCCUAGGCAGAGUCACCUUCUACCAGCUGAAGGAUGCUCACGAUGCCAUGGAGUACUUCUUGCUGGCCCUGGCGGCAGCGGUCCUGCUGGAUGAUGAGGAACUGCAGGACACCAUUAGGAGCAGGCUGGACAAUAUUUGUCAGAGCCCUCUGUGGCACAGAAGUCCCCUGGGGUGCUCCUCAGAGCGGGCGCGGUGGCUGAGCAUUGGGGGCCUGGCCCUCUGAGGGGUGCCAGCCCACCGCUGACCGUUUGCCGUGCCUGGAUGCUGCCUCCAUGCCUAGGAUACUGAGGGGGAGGCUCUGAGUUCUCUCCUGGCCCAGCCUGCUCAUUCUGUCAGGAGAAGAAAGAAGUCCAGAGGGAGAGGUGCUCAUCCUGGGCCACAGAAGGAGCUGAAGGUGGAGCCACAGUGGGCCGUCCUGGCUCCAGGCCUUGUCUCCAGGUAUCUGUGGCCUUUCCAAACAAACAGCCUAAGAAAUGCACUUUCUCCAUGUGUAGUUCUGGAGAAAAUGAGAAAACCUUACCGCCUCCCCCAGAAUCUUUCUUUCUUCUCCCAGUGAGGAAAUCAGGCGCUACGCUCUGAAAGGCAGGCAGAUAGGUUUGUGCCCCUCACCCAUUUUCUCAGGGAAAGAUCCUACCACUUGUCAAGAGAAGAACCCACAGUUUCUUUUUCCAAAACCAAAGGAGGUGCCGCUCCUCACCCUCAUGGGGCCUGAUGGGAGAGAAUUCACCAUGCUCCUAGCUAACAAGACACAACCUCAGGAUGGCCAGGGAGUGCACACAGGGCACGAGGCUGGUGCAGACCACGAUUCACGUCUCCAUCCUGACCCUGGCUGUGCUCUCACAUGACCUCCCAUAAACUCCAGUGAAGGAGUCCAAAGCUUGUCAAGGACCAAAGCUUGAAAUGGAGUGUUAAGCACGUUAUGAUAUAAAUUACUUGUAAAUACUGUACAACAUUAAAUAUUGACCAAUGACAUCUGCA